AAUAGGUCACGCGCGUGCGCAAAAGCUCAAUUCACACACCGCUUCCGUGUUUACAAAAUGGGGGGUGAUACAUGGCUCAGCGAAUAUGAGGCCUGUUCGAGGCUCGGCCAAGAUCUUAUGGAACAAAUCAAUGAGAGAAAUAAACAUGCACGCACCAGCUCAGCAUACACUAAGCUUUCUGCUCAGAUACGAUCAAAGACAAGACAGUUCACCUCUGACCUGAACAGAUUGAAACAAAAUCUGAUGAGAGCAUCAGCAUCCUAUCAUAUAACGCAACGUGAGGUGGAGCGUCGUCAAGGCAUGAUGGAUGUACUUGUGACAAAGGAAAAGCAGAUAGAUGAAGCAACUCGCAAUGAGGGUUCAUCAAGGAGUCUACUGCUGGGCCACGGGGGCGGAGGCGACACCUUCAGCCAGGCUGACCCCUGGGGCAUGAAUGACGAACCGGAAGUGUUCCGGGACAUGAGCAACACGGACCUUCAGCAGCAGCAACAGUCCGUUAUACAUGAGCAGGACCGGGGCCUGGAGGCACUGUCCCACGUGGUGUCCCGGCAGAAGCAGAUGGCCAUUGACAUUGGCAACGAGGUGGAUGACCAGAACGGGUACUACGUGGUCAUCAUGUUGCUGUUUAUUGCCAUUGUCAUUAUUGGAGUGGUGCCUUAUAAUGGAAAGCCCUAGUCCUUGGAUAGAUAUAUUUACACAGGUCCUCUUGGUCAGGAUGUGCAUUCCAGAUAUACAUUGGUAGCCUGAUCGUCUGACUCAGAUUGUCACACAGAUACGCGCUCAUACUUACUGAAACACAGAGAUACACGCGCACACUUACUGAAACAUGCAGAAACAUGCACUCAUGUCAGCACCAACUCUCAAACUCUCCAUAACAUUUACUUACCCACACACUUGUCUUAGGUCUCGUCUUUAGACAUACUCAGCAGAAUUUUCACUCACUUUCUGGUACAGAUGCGCAUUCCCAUUCUACAUACACCCUCUUCUUUAUACACUCAAGUUGACUCCUGGGUCAUCAAUAUGCUCACUAGCACAUUCACAUAAGAAGCAGCAGCAGCAACUCCAGCGACCCCUGUGUGAAGGGUUGUGGUUCAAUUUCUUUUGCAGAGAGAAAUCUUUUAGAACAACAGGAGAACUGUCCAUAUGUGGCCCUUGUGAUAGUAUGGGGCUCCAAUUCAGAUUACGUCAUCUGUGCCUUGUGAUUUUUUCUUUUGUGUCAAUCAAACAAAAUUUUAUGUGAAAGGACAAAAGAUGCUGAUCCUGAAGUCUGUUUUUUUGUUAGUUUUUUUUUUCCACAUGUUAUUUCUUGUAAUAAUGUGGAAGAUUGGAAUAACAUUGAGUAAUUAGUAGUGAGAGUGGCAUGGCUGUGGGAAAAAGGAGCUUCUUAUACUCAUGUAAUGUUAAUAAAUAAUUGUAUACAUGUAUUAAAUAUAAUAAUGAAAUGUUUUCUUUUGUAGACCAUGUGCAUAUGUAUUGUUAAUGUUUAAAUUAAGUAUAAUAUCAACUAUGUUUUUUUUCUGACUAAGGCAUAUUGUGUGUAGGAGUGAAAAUUUUGUAUUAGUGUGAAUUGAUUGCUCAAACUUCUUUCUUAACUCAGUAAAGUCACACUGGAAAUCUGCCUGCGAGAGCCUUGUGUCACACUUCUUUUUAUCUUAUAAUUCGUUUAACUAGGGUGCAGUAUUAAUGUUUGCUAAUCUAGACUGCUUUAUUACACAAUAUUUUGCGACUCCAACUCCAAGGAGUUGAAGAUGUCCAUUUGAACUCAGGUAGGGCAUGGUUGGCAGGCGCUCUGAUGUGGUUUGCUCCUUCUUUCCUAUCAAACAUCUGUCGUUCUUGUAUUAAGUCAUAUCUCUUUUUUCUUUUCUUUGUACGUUACUCUUUAGUGAACCCUCUAAUCUUUGGCACUUGUAUGACCUAUUUUUGUUGCAAGUGCCAUAAAACUCUUCAGUCUUACCGAUACUAAAGCUAAAGCUCCCUGAUACUGUUCCUACUGCUUAACCCUAUGUGUACGUCGUGUUUUACUAUCGUAUACAUACGACAUAGGGGAACUCUGUGCCACCACUUUCCAAAGAGGAAAUAUACUCAUUAAUCCGAUCCGUACGUUUUGCACAGCAGUCUGUCGAAAUGAUUUUUUGAGAAAUACUGAAAGUUUCAAAGAGAUCUUCAUGCUAGAAGUAUUCUAAAAUGUGAAGAAUACAACCCUGGGGGUACAAAAUGACCCUAGGGCAUAUGGAUAUGGUUAAAAAACUACUGCCUAAGUAAGUGAACUAAGUGACACGCUGAUCAGAAUUGAUCUUUCCAAAUGUGGUCAGACUGGAAGUAUGCUGUGACCAUAAACAUUUGUUGGCAGAUGUUUUUGCGAUGUUCAUUGCAGUCCAGGGAUGAUUGUCUACUCUAUUUGUAUUGUUGAGAUGUUUUUGCAAUAAUAUGUAUGUGUUGAUUACUUUAUGGAUCAUCUGUUGAAUGUGUGACCAUGUCACUUUGUCUUGCGGUAUGGGAUAAUUUAUGGAUCAGCUGACCCACUUUGGGAUACUGUGGUUUAGGGAUUAUGCGACUUAUCAGCACUUUCUGUGUUAUUUUGGUCUAUGUGUGCCUCUUGUGUAUUGAGAGAACAUGGGGUAUGAGGAGGCCGCUUCAUCCUGGGUGUGCUGUCUGUGUGUGUGUCUUGUUGACAGAAGAUGACUUUGUAAUUACUUCAUGUAUGUGUUUUGGUGUACACAUGCUAUGUCUUUUUUAAUGGACCCAUAUGUCUUUGAAAGAGAGAAAGAGGAGUAGAGUGGGAGGAGAUUAGAAAUGCUUGUCCUUGUCCUCGGUUUACAAAUAUUCAAUAAAGGCCGAGAUGGAGAAAUUAA